AUCCCGAUUUUACUAAGAUUAUAUCGUCCAUGAAUGAACUGAACGAGAUUAUGAGCGGUGGCUUUGCACCAGACUAUAUCAGCGCUCUGAAAUACUUCCCGCGGACCACCUCACAGAAACGCUUUAUGGAACUGUCUGACGAGUUUAUAAAGAGAGGGCGGGAAGAAUAUCAGCAUCACAAAGACACGUUUACACGCAAUGACAUUCGAGAUCUGUGUGAUGACCUAAUUCUUGCGCAUCAGGAUAUGCCGGAAGAAGAACGUGAUAUCCUUACUGAAACCCAUAUUGUGCAGACAUUGAUUGACAUAUUUGGAGCUGGGACGGAUACAACAUCAGUUACAUUACUGUGGACCAUAAAGUUCAUGAUGGCGCACCCAGAGAUUCAGAAAAAGGGGCAAGAGGAAAUCGACAAUGUCAUUGGUCAAGAUCGUCUAGUUAACUUUCACGACAAACAAAAUCUGCCAUACUGCGACGCCAUCCUGCAUGAGGUCAUGCGACAUCGACUACCUGCCCCUAUUGCCCUACCUCACUGCGCGACCAUAGACACGACAGUUGGUGGUUAUGACGUCCCAAAAGACACGAUGGUGAUGUUCAACCUGUACGGACUCCAUCACGAUCCAGCGUACUGGACUGAUCCUGAGAAGUUUGAUCCAACACGGUUUCUUGACGAGCAUGGCUCCAUCAGGACCAAGAUGCCUAGCUUCCUCCCGUUCUCUGCCGGGAGACGUGUUUGCGUUGGAGAGUCCAUUGCUAAGAUAGACCUGUUUGUGCUCUUUGCAUGUUUCCUACAGCGAUACAGCUGGAAUGAGCCACCAGGGGAAGUUACUGACGUGGAACCGAAGAUUUCUGCAAUCGGAAUGGACACCAAACCAUUUAGGGUUGUUAUAAAGAACAGGCUUUAAAUGUGCAUAUCGCAAUCUAUGUGCAAGAAACACUAUUUCGUUAAUAAACAAUAACUCUUCUGUUAAA